GGGAGGGAGAAUUAGGGGAAGAAGAAAAUCAAAUAAAAAAACUCACUCGUGUUGUGUUGGGUCAAUUGUGGGAUCGAGAGAAUAUUUACUUCUCUUUGAAUUUCGAUCCCAUAACUCUACCGAAAAAAGUAAAAAAAAAAAAUUCAAUUGAUCCCAAACACACUGCACAAUAGACAGAACUCAUACAAAAAUAUAACAAAAGAUAAAAGUAAGAAACAACAAAAUGAAUAUUUUCAGGCUUGCAGGAGACAUGACACAUUUAGCUAGUAUCCUUGUUCUUCUUCUCAAGAUUCACACCAUCAAAUCUUGUGCAGGAGUUUCUCUGAAGACUCAGGAGCUUUACUUUUUGGUGUUCGUUACACGUUAUUUGGAUCUAUUUACUCAUUUUAUCUCGUUGUACAACACGAUCAUGAAACUAAUAUACCUAGGAAGCGCUUUCUCCAUCAUUUGGUACAUCAGACACCACAAAUUGGUUAGAAGGUCGUACGACAAGGACCAGGACACCUUUCCGGGCUAUUUCCUCAUUCUCGUCUCCUUUGCUUUAGCUGUCUUUGUGCACGAGAAGCUUACAUUCAAGGAGGUAAUGUGGACAUUCUCGUUGUACUUGGAAGCUGUUGCAAUACUUCCCCAGCUUGUGUUGCUGCAGAGGACUAGAAAUAUAGAUAACUUAACAGGACAAUAUAUUUUCUUACUAGGGUCAUAUAGAGCAUUGUACAUAUUAAACUGGAUUUAUCGCUACUUAUCUGAACAACGGUCUAUCCAUUGGAUAACAUGGGUAUCAGGAGUAAUUCAGACCCUCCUCUAUGCUGAUUUCUUUUACUAUUACAUUCAGAGCUGGAGGAAAAAUGUAAAGCUAGAGUUGCCGGCUUGAGCUUCAGCUAGCAAAUGAAAACGAGGGUGGAGAUAUGAGUUUUCCAACUCUGUUUCUUAGUGAAUGGUUUUGGAUAUGUAGAUAAGUUUUGUUUUGUAAAUUCUCAUUUCAACUUUGGGGAGUCUAAAAUAAAAGGCUGUAAAUUUUUUUCACUGUUUUGUAAAUGUAAUUACAAGUCAUGUUCUUCUUUAGUCUUGUUUGCUUUGUGAGAGACGACAAUUGGCAGACAAGAUUUUUUGCUCGGAUGAUGAAAGAAUUCAACCCACCUCGUCGUAUGAUUUAGGGCCUCCUCCAACUACACCUGUCAAGACAAUAGCCUAGAGACACAAGUUUGGUUGAGGACAUAGGUCAUCACCCUACCUUCCCUUGUCCUUGAUUAUGGCUUACGAUAAUUAUAUAUGUGAAAAUAAGCUAUAUCACUGUCACGCUUGGAAAUUUAGCGACACAAUUUUUCUCAUCGCUGGUCCCAAUUAUGAUAGUAUAUAGAGAGGAUAAAAUGCUAUCUAAUGGCGGAUACAAAUCUCACUCAUCGAUUCGAUUCGAUCAUUCCUUCGUUUGUUGAAUGAAAUAAUCCAUAUUUUCAUUGAUCAACAAUCCAAAAUGCAUUUGGAUUAGAUUAGCCACAUAUACUUGGAGUAAACCCAAAUCACAGUGGCAAAACCCUAAUUUUUAGUAAGUGCUUCUCAUUCCCAAUCCAAUAUCCAUUAACCUCAACAAUUAUCCACGCCUACCCUAAACCAAAUCCACACGAAGAUUAAAAAAAGAAGGGACAACGGAAUCGAAAUUUCACCUAAUUCCGCUACCGGAGAAGAACAAUCUGACAGAAAGCGAGCAAAAGGAAGGGAAGACAUUUUGCAACGAUCAAGCGACGGCGGGGGAAGAGUCUUUGAAGAAGUGACGGAGGUCGGGGACAAGGUCAUGGAUCUCGUCGGAGAAGAGACUGAUGAUCUCGCAGCAGAGGUCGUGCUUGCUCAUCUUCCCUCCCUUGUACAGCCUCCACUGCUCCACAAAAGCCCCGUACGCGGCCUCGUCCUUCGCCAAUCGCUCCUUGAUUUUGCUCUCCAGCUUUAAUUCCACUGACACCAUCGCCGCUGUACACUGCUGCUGCUUCUUCUUCUUCCGCUCCGAGUUGUCUUCUCCGAAACUGUCGGCGGCGCGCAACUCUAGUAUCCUUCGUUUUUUAUACAUCGCCCUUGAGCGAGCCGAUUUAUCUGUAUAUAUAGUGGUUAGGUGGAGU